AAUAUGAUGGUCAACAUCAUCGUUUGAAUUAUGCGUGUAAUGUUGACUUUAUUUUACGUCACUCGCUGCGACAUUUUCUCUUCGAGUUUUAUUUAAUCAAGCUGUUGUUGUGGGAGUCGCUUUCAUAGUUGAGAUUCCAAGUUGUGUCGGCUCAGCCGCAAUUCGCCGAACAUGGACAUAUUGUGUCGGGCUUGCGGUGAAAACGGUCCCGAUGGCCAGGAUGAUGAGGACAAGAGCAACCAAAUUGUGGACAUUUACCUCAAAUUGACGGGCAUCGAGGUGACCGAAGCACUGGAAGGCUGCCCGAUGAUGUUUUGUAGCAGCUGCACAGCGGACCUCAACCAUUUCGAUAGGUUCCGGAAGAAAUGCUUGAAGGUGUAUGAGCAGCUGAAGGAUGUGAAAGUGGAAGCUUGGCAAGACACUUCUGUGCUUGUCGAAGUGAAGAUGGAAAGUGACGAGGAACCAAUCAAUGUAAAACCUAUUGUCAAGCAUGAGACUUUGAAGACUACGGUCAAACAGGACACAAAAGAUAUUGUAAAAAUAAAAGAAGAUAACACAGAUGAUGAAGAGGAGAAGGAUAAAGACGAUAGUUCUGAAGAGGAAGGGAAGGAUGAUGACGAUGAUGAUGAUGAUGAUGACGAUGAUGUGGAUUUCAACAUUAAUGACGUCAAGGAUGAUGAUGAAGAUAACAGUACCAGCGAACUUGAAGUGAUGAAAACGGAUGAAGUAACCGAGAAAGGGCAGAGAAGAAAGAAAAUGCGAAUCAGAGUUCGCGGCAAGGCAGACAAAAAACCGCCCAUGAAGUUCAUCAACUGUCCGAAAUGUCCCUCAAAGUUCUUCUUUCAGCAUCGACUUGACGCCCAUCUGCGCGUUCACGCAGGCCUGAAGCCAUUGUUGUGCAAAAUCUGCGGUAAGAGUUUCGUAACGCCGCGUAAUUACAAAACACAUCACAUCCAAAAGCACACCGACAACAAGAUCCGGAUUCCUUGUGGAUUCCCCGGCUGUGAGGCGGUGUUCGCUAACAAGCAGGGAAUGCAAAGGCACCAACAGCGGACACACGAUCCGAACUACCAAAUUCCGGAGCAGACACCGUUCAUAUGCGAUAUCUGCGGAAAUUCGUACACUACGAACGGCGGUCUGAAAAGGCACAAAUAUACUCAUAAUCCGGAGGAGAUGCCGUACAAGUGCGACUAUUGUCCUAAAAAGUACCACACCAUGUCCAAACUAGUCAGUCACACGAAGCGCCAUCAGGGCAUAUAUGACUUCGAGUGUCCACAUUGUGGCCUGAAGAAAGCAUCCAGAUACGAAGUCAACCAACACAUCAAGAAUGUCCACGAAAAGCACAAUAGGACUGAGCCUAUUCCGUGCAAUAUCUGUCAGAUGGUUUUUAGCAGCAAAACAUGUCUCAAGCGUCACGUCGAUGUGGUUCACAGGAAGAUCAAAAGGUUCAACUGUUCUGUGUGCGGCUUCCUGUUCAGUCAGAAGGAUCACCUGAACCGACAUAUGAAAAGUCACAGAAGACAAGGUGACAUUGCCAGUUUACCACCCGCCGUCGCCGCUGAACCGCCGAGCGUGGCUACCGAUGAAUGAUCGGGUUUCGUUGUUAAGUGGAAUACAGUGAGCAUCAACUGAGCAUACCGAA